GCUCCUGACGAGGACAGACGCGAGCACGGGACGCACGCCACGCCACGCACGCCACGCACACGCUCGCUCACGCGCUCUCAUGGCUUUUGUCUUAACACGCCGACCAUGACGCAUUGCUGUCGGGGCGCCGCGCGCCGCCGCCGCUCCGCGUGAGCCCCGCCGAGACAGAAAGUAAGAAAUCAGAAUAAUUGUUGCAGGAAGAUGGCGCCCACCAAGCCGAGCAUCCAGCAGGACCCGACGCGCAGAGAACGUGACCCCUACUGGGAGCGGCCGGCCAAUGCGGGCAGCUGCUCCGCCGCCCGGCCCAAGACGCUCCACCUGGCCGGCCAGCAGCACACCUCGUCACCAUGGCUGCAGGCGCUGAGGAAGGAGAAGUCGCGGGACGCGGCGCGGUCGCGGCGGGGGAAGGAGAACUUUGAGUUCUACGAGCUGGCCAAGAUGCUGCCGCUGCCGGGCGCCAUCACCAGCCAGCUGGACAAGGCCUCCAUCAUCCGGCUCACCAUCAGCUACCUGAAGAUGAGGGACUUCGCCAACCAGGGAGACCCGCCGUGGAACCUGCGCAUGGAGGGACCCCCACCCAACACCUCCGUCAAAGCGAUCGGUACGCAGCGGAGGAGGACUUCCAGCGCCGUUGCUUCGGAGAUCUUCGAGCCUCACCUGGGCAGUCACAUCUUACAGUCUCUGGACGGGUUUGUAUUUGCACUAAACAAGGAGGGACGCUUCCUCUACAUCUCAGAGACCGUCUCCAUCUACCUGGGCCUGUCACAGGUGGAGCUGACCGGCAGCAGCGUGUUCGACUACAUCCACCCGGGCGACCACGUGGAGAUGGCGGAGCAGCUGGGCAUGAAGCUGCCGCCCGGCCGGGGGAUGUCUCUGUCGCAGGGGGCCGUCAACGAGGACGGGGCGUCGUCGGCGUCUUCGUCGUCGCACUCCGAGACCCCCGAACCAGUGGAGUCCAGCAGCCCGAGCCUCCUGGCCCCCGACAACACUCUGGAACGAUCCUUCUUCAUCCGCAUGAAGUCGACGCUCACGAAGCGAGGCGUGCACAUCAAGUCCUCCGGAUACAAGGUGAUCCACGUGACGGGCCGCCUGCGGAUCAGGAUGGCUCUGACGCACAGCCGCUCCGUGCCCAAUCAGAUCAUGGGGAUGGUGGUGGUGGCCCACGCCCUGCCGCCGCCCACCAUCAACGAGGUCCGCAUCGACUGCCAGAUGUUCGUCACCCGGGUCAACAUGGACCUGAAGAUCGUCUACUGUGAGAACAGGAUCAGUGACUACAUGGACCUGACUCCGGUGGACAUCGUGGGGAAGCGGUGCUACCAGUUCAUCCACGCCGAGGACGUGGAGGGAAUCAGACAGAGUCACCUGGACCUGAUGAAUAAAGGUCAGUGUGUGACGAAGUACUACCGCUGGAUCCAGAAGAACGGGGGCUACAUCUGGAUCCAGUCCAGCGCCACCAUCGCCAUCAACGCCAAGAACGCCAACGAGAAGAACAUCAUCUGGGUCAACUACGUCCUCAGUAAUCCAGAGUACAAAGACACGCCCAUGGACAUCGCUCAGCUGCCAAACCUGCCCGAGAAAACCUCGGAGUCCUCCGAAACCUCAGACUCUGAGUCCGAGUCCAAAGAAAACUCAGACAAUGAGAACGCCAAGUCGGAGGGCAAGCCGAGCCGCCAGGCGGAGCACAGCGAGGACCCGGAGAUGGACAGCAAGCGGCAGCAGCAGCCCGGCCAGCCCCACUGCUCCUCCCAGCAGGACCUGAAGCGCCAGGAGGAGGGAGACUGCUCCAGCAACCCCGAGAGCCAGGACAGCGACGACAGCCUGGAGCCCUCCGACGGGGAGGCGGAGGAGCCGGAGGAGGUCGGGGCCGGGGGCGGGGCCGGGGGCGGAGCCGGGGGCCGCCUGGGACGGCUGGCCGGUCUGGGGAGUUUAGGAGGUCUGGGUGCCAUCGGUGGACUGGGUAACCUGGGUGGGCUUCAUAUCAAAGUGGAGCACUACGGAGAGGGCGAAGAAGUACGGCUGCACAACUCGCAGACGUCUUCAUCAGAGGAGGAGGAGGAAGAGGAGGAGGAGGAAGAGGAGGAGGAGGAGGAGGAGGAGGAGGGAGGGGUGCAGGACUGCGACGGCUCUGACGCUGGGGCAAAGCUCCAGAAACGGAGGAAGAGGAGAAAAGUUCAGAAGUGGGACGGGUCGCGGAGCCGGAGACUCCGUCUGUCCUCGAACUCUCCGAGUCCCGUAGCAAUAGGAGACGCCGCCUCGCUGGUCGACCCUUCUCAAGCCGCCGCCGCCGCCCCCGCCCACCUCCUCGCCUCCUCCAGCUCCCCCUCCGGAGCCAACGCCUCGUCUUCUGUUCUGAAGAUCAAGACCGAGAUGGCCGAGCCGAUCAACUUCGACAACGACAGCAGCAUCUGGAACUACCCGCCCAACCGGGAGAUCUCCCGGAACGAGUCUCCGUACAGCAUGACGUCCAAACCCGCCGCGCCCGGCGGCCACGACGGCUUCCCCUCGCCGCAGGGCGGCUCCCUCCAGGUGGCCAUUCCGGAGUCCGUCCUCACCCCUCCUGGGACCGAGGGCGGAGCCGGAGGAGCGAGGAAGCCUCCGUACAAUGGAAGCUCCGCCCCUUCCUCUGCGUCCAGCGCCGCCAGUUUAGCUCCGCCCUCCAGCGCCUCCUCAGCCGACCCCCUCUCCCCUCCCCUGUCGGCGUCGCCCCGGGACAAGCAGCAAGGCACCCCCACCACCUCCUCCUCCUCCUCCUCCUCCUCCUCGUCCUCCUCGUCUUCGUCGUCCUCGUCCGGCUCGUCCUCGGCGCUGCUGUACUCGGGCGACCUGGAGGCGCUGCAGCGCCUGCAGGCCGGGAACGUGGUGCUGCCGCUGGUGCACCGGGUCACCGGCACCCUGGCCUCCACCAGCACCACGUCCCCCCGGGUCUACACCACCGGCACCAUCAGGUACGCGCCGGCGGACGUCACCCUCGCCAUGGCACAAGGCAACCUCCUCCCCAACGCCGCCAUGAACUUUGUGGACGGUUCGGGGUUCGGCCUGGACCCCAAGACGCCGAUGGAGAUGCUCUACCACCACGUCCACCGGCUCAACAUGUCGGCGGCGGCGGCCGCCGGGCCGUUCGUCGGAUCCCCGGCCGCCACGGGGGGCAACGGCACCCUGGGGGGCCAGAUGCCGACGGCGGCCAACGUCUUCACCACGGCGGAGGGCCUCUUCUCGACGCUGCCGUUCCCGGUGUACAGCAACGGCAUCCACGCCACGCAGACCCCCCUGGAGAGGAAGGAGGACUAGGACCAAUCAUCCCAGACCGCAUUAC